GUCGAAUCGACAUGCGCGUUCCCAACCUUGAAGUCUUUCCUGAAUACUGCGAUGGCUGGCACCGCUCCGACGAAGAUGAAAUAUGUGAGCUUGGGCAGCUCAGGCCUGAAGGUCUCGAAGAUCAUCCUCGGCACGAUGCAGUACGGCGACAAAGGCUGGCAGGGGUGGGCUCUUGGUGAGGACGACGCUGUCGAGCACAUCAAAUACGCGUACGAGCACGGCAUUCAGACGUUUGACACUGCGGACGUUUAUUCGAACGGCCUGUCCGAGAUUAUCCUCGGCAACGCAAUCAGGAAGCUGGGGAUCCGUAGGGAAGAGAUCGUCGUCAUGACCAAGGUGUGCCACCCUUUCGCCCGCGAUUUCAGCACAAAUGUCGUCGCGAUGGGCGUUGAUCCAGAUACAAUCGGGCUCGUGAACCAGUGGGGUCUGAGCCGCAAGCAUAUCUUCGACUCUGUGAAGGCCUCGCUGAAGCGACUCCAAAUGGAUUACAUCGAUGUUUUGCAAUGUCACCGCUUCGACUAUAACACGCCUAUCGAGGAGACCAUGCAAGCGCUUCAUGAUGUGGUCAAAGCUGGCUACGUCCGUUAUAUCGGGAUGAGCUCGUGCUAUGCUUAUCAAUUCCAUGCAAUGCAAAACUACGCUAUCUCACAGAACCUGACGCCCUUCAUCUCGAUGCAGAAUCACUACAACUUGAUAUACCGCGAGGAAGAGCGGGAAAUGUUCCCGACACUGAAGAUGUUUGGCGUCGGGAGCAUUCCGUGGUCUCCCCUGGCGCGCGGGCUGCUCAGUCGACCCCCGGAACAGCAGUCGCUUCGAGGUGAGACCGACUGGUUCAUCAAGAGAUACCAGCAGGGAGCGACCAGCGAUAUUGUCAAGAGACUCGAAGAGAUAGCUAAGAAGAAGGGCGUUACGAUGGCCCAAGCUGCAAUCGCGUGGGUUCUCUCCAAAGAGGGCGUUACUGCGCCUGUCGUCGGCACGACGAGGAUCGAGAACCUGAAAGAUAUCAUUGCUGCCACCGAAAUCGAGCUCAGUGAGGAAGAGAAGGAAUACUUGGAGGAGCCUUACCGAAACGUAUCCAUCCUCGGUCAUAAGUAGGAGUGAGAACCUGUUUAAUGUCAACGGAUUGAUUGAA